GAAUAAGUACAUUAUUAUUUUAAGUGAAUUUCAAGUUUUGCAAUACGCUGUUAUUUAAAUAYACGUCAGUUCGAUAGUACAUUCAGAACCACAAUUUAAAUAUUAUGUUUGGAAAUGCAGAUGACUAAGGUUUGGCUUCUAAUUCGUAUAUAAUAUAGGGUUGGAAAGGAUCGCUGAAGAGUUAAUGGGAAGAAGAAAAUGGCACCAAUAUCAAGACAUUUUGGCGAAAAAUUAUUUACUGGAAGAGGAAUUGAUGGACCGGAGAGAAUGGGUUCCCGUCAAAACGUGUAAUUCGUGUGAUGUGAGCACAGACCUGAGCGUAGCGGAUCACUCACCUUCAGAACUGGAGCCAUCGUCUGAAACGGGAAGUUUGAGCGGCGGCAGUCGCAGCGCAGAGAGUCCGGAACCGGAACCGGGCAGGCGGUCGUCUUCUACGCCGCCCCCGGCUACAUCAGAGCCGUGUCGCGCCGAUGACCGGUCGCCGCCACCACCGCCACUGCUGUUGCUGCCAAACCCCACGGCCGCAGCCGCCGCCGCAAUGGCUGCGGUCGCGUCUCUGAACAACUCGUCGUCGUCAUCGUCCACGACGACGAUGACACCAGCGGGUGGACCACCGUCACCCAGAGCGCUGGAAGCCGCGGCCGCCGGCCUGCCGAAAUGGCUAUUGGCCGCCGCCACUCUGAGGCUGCAAGAAACAACGGCCGCUGCAGCAGCAGCCGCAGCCGCAGCUGCGACCUCGGCGGCCACCAGCUGCAGGUCACCACCCGCCCAUCAUCACAAUCAACAGCAACAACAACACCAGUCGCUUGAUCAACCACUCGAUCUCAGCGCCAAGAGCAAUAACAACAACAACAACAAUAAUAACAGCAACAACAACAACCACAACAACGUCAGCGGUCCGGGUGGCAACGCUUCGUCGUCGCCAGCUUCGUCCACACCGUCGUGUCCGAGCUUGCCGUCUACGCCGUCGUCGUCCGAGCUGAGAAACGUGCCGGCCACCGUCGCUGCCGCCGUCGCCGUCAACCCGUUCACGUCAGAUCUCAUCACCACAGACAUGGUUAACCAGCUGCGUGACCUGUUACCGGGCGCGUCCACGUUCCUACCGCACCAACCGCUCAAUGUGCCCAUACUCACCACCAACAACCGGAACUUGUUAAAAUCGAAGCCGACGAAACAGCCUAGUCACAUGGCCGGCCGGAAGACUUACACGGAAGACGAGCUGCAAAAGGCGCUUCGAGACAUACAGAGCGGUAAGUUGGGCACGAGACGUGCGGCCGUCAUAUACGGCAUACCCAGGUCAACUUUACGGAACAAGGUAUACAAAAUGGCCCACGAACGGGACAGCAGUGGUGGCGGCGGCGUAGGAGUGGGCGUCAUCAGGGAUCCGUCGACGGCCGGAGACGACCCGUCCAAUGGACAGGCCGCCGAGCUGUUGCCGUUGCUGACCGAGGAUGACGAUGACGAGGACAGGGACACGGCGUCGGUGGGCGAGGAUGAGUGCACAACCAGAACAGCAGUGGCGACAGCGGACAACAAGGACCGCCAGCACGUGCCACAGCCGCAUCAUCAACAACCGCCGCAACAUCGCAGCCAGCAGCACAGGACAGCGUCGCCGUACAUGACCGUCGAAGACUUGUUGCGGAUCACGGCCGAACAGCAGCAGCAAGCGGCUGUGGCCAUGCCCAACGCCGAGACGCUCCGACUGUUCCUGCAACACUAUGCCAACAACAAGCUACUGCAAAACAGGCCGGAACCGCAUUACCGUGGUCGUGACGUAUCUAUAGCGGACGGUCGAUCACCAUCGCCACCAUCUGCCACCGCUGCUGCCGCCGCCGCCGCCAGGUUUCCACUGCCCAUGACAGCGGACCUAUGGCCGGCGGCUGCAGCCGCUGCGGCCGCAGCUGCAGCCUUGGACCCGCAACACAUGGGAACCUAUCUAUCGCAGUUGUUGUCUUCGUCGGUGGCGGCCACGUCGCCUUCGACUGGACUAGGGUCGCCACACUUAUUACCAUCACACGAUAGUUCACCGCCACCGCCGCCACCACCCCCGCCGCUGCAACAUAUGUCCACGGCCCACCACCAGCAUGAAUACCUCAAAGAUUUCACCGUCAAGGACUUGAUGCGCAAAAUACUGGACGAAGAGCAACAGCAGCAGUUGCAGCACUUACAGCAUCAAUACAACAACAAGUUGGUAGACCCGAGACGGUGGUCAUCAAACGGCUGCAGUUCGUCUGAACCAAUGGACACGGGCCGCAGCAACGACGAUGACUCGAACCCGUCCAACGUCAUCCUGAGAAUACCAUCGUACAAGCCAGUCCCGGGUGGCAAGAGUAGCGAUUACGAGUUGAUGCAGUGCACCAGGGACAUCCGGUCACCGGGGCGGGCCAACAGCGUUCGAAGUGACACGUCGUCACCGCCGUCGUCAUCCGGYGGUGGUGGCAAACAUCCGGUCAACCUGAGAGACGUGAUCGCCAAAAGCAUCACACAGAGGUUCCAGUCCGAUCCACCGCUCGCACCGCCCAUACCAGCCGUAGAGUCGUUUGCCCGAGCCUACCAACAGUACCAGCAGCAACAACACCAUAAUCAACAACAGCAGCACCACCAUCACCAUCUGCAGCAGCAGCAACAGCAGCAGCAUCCCACCUCGUUCGGUACCGGUAACCCCGUCAUCAGGAAUCACAACAACAAUAAUUUGCAGCAGGACGAUUGCCGAAAACGGGUGCCGACGCCUACCAACAAAACAUCGUCGGUCGUAACACCAUCGUCCGCCGGCGCUGGGUUCCAUGCUGGCGGUUCGUCGUCGUCUUCAUCCAACUCGGCGUCGGCUGCCGCAGCAGCUGCAGCUGCCGCGGCUGCGGCGGCGGCCGGAGGUAAGGGCACCAGGCCCAAGCGGGGCAAGUACCGAAACUACGACCGAGACAGCCUAGUGGAAGCCGUACGAGCGGUGCAACGGGGCGAGAUGAGCGUGCAUCGGGCUGGUUCUUAUUACGGCGUGCCACACUCGACGCUCGAGUACAAGGUCAAAGAGAGACAUCUGAUGCGACCCAGAAAACGUGAGCCCAAGAACCCUCCGUCUUCGUCCUCCGUGUCCGCAGCGGUUGUCGCAGAUCAUCACUCGGACAGGAAAAAGUCGUCGUCCGACCUGUCGUCCUCGUCGUCUGUCGUUCGGCCAGCCGACAAGAUGACUACCACCUCGUCGUCCUCGUCGUCGGCCACGCCACCGGCUAUCAAACUUCCCGCGCACGUCCAGUUCCCGACGCAGCAACAACUUUCACCGCUCCAGACGCCCAACGGGCUCAAGAUGUUCGACGCCGCGGGUCCGGUGGGCCCGUAUCAGGCGUCGUUCCCGUUCUGGGCACCCAGCCCGUUCCACGUGCCCAUGGAUUUUCAGCGGAAUCCGGCGUACGGGCCAAUGUCGAUGAUGCAACGGAUCCAGGCUGAGUCACGGCUACACCACCACCAGGCCUCUGCUGCCGCAUCCAUCGCCAGCCUUGGCAAGAACGCUCGCGAGGUGGCCGAAAACUUAUACGACGGCACGGAUAAUGGCAGCUUCUUAGACGGCAUCAUCAGGUCAAGCUUGGAGACGGGGCUAAAAUCGGCAGCCGCCAUGGCCGCUGCCCAAGCAGCGGCCAAGAGCACCGCGAAGGGAGGCGGUGGAGAAGGCAGCGGUGGUGACGACGACUGCAGUCAGAACGGUUCACCACCAGUAUCCGGAGCCGAAAACGAUGGUGACCACCACAUGGAGGACCUGGCGGCCACGCCGCCGUCAUGCCAGGACUCAGCCGCGGACAGCGAUGACGAGAAGCCGCAACCCCAGUCACCGGAAGGACAGGAACAUCGUCAUCAGCAGCACGACGAUUCCGAACACGAAACAAACGCUGAUCGGGCGUCUACCGCUUCGCCCCAACAAGCGACCGAAACGGAAAACGACGACGAUGACAACGCCGACGCGGUCGUCUGAGGUAAAACCGUUGGUAUGCAGCAUAAUAAUAUUUUAACGAUUAGUGCGUUAUAAAAAUAAUAAUAUCAAUUCGGGAACAAAUCGAAUAAGUAUUUCGUGUAAACGUCUUAUGCGACUAUUCGCGUGUGUAAAUACAUGUAAUAUUAUGGUGGAAUAGAGAGCUCUAUUGCUGCCGACUAAGAAAAGUAUAUUAUAUUAUAUUAGGUACUACAUAAUAGAAUACGUGGUGUGAGUUUGUUUUGUUUUGGUAACGAUUUCGAUUGAGAAUGGAAAUCAAAAAGAAUGAAAAAAAAAUGUAAUCGGUUAGUGCAAUUUUUACGUAAUUUUUGUUAAAAAUUAAAAUUAUAAUACAUUUAUGUAUAACGCGCAUUACCAAAUUGCUGACGGUAAUGUAAACUAUACCAUGAAUAUUGUUAUUUCRCGGUGUCUUUGUGAUAAAAAAAAUUGUUUAUAUUCGUUUACGUUGUGUUUUUCUUUUAUAAUUUAAAAAUAAAAAAUCUUGCGUUUUUUUUAUAUGAAAUUUUAUUGCACUACCAUGUUUUAAAUCUACGAAUAUUUUUGGUUAUAAACGUCUCAUAUUUUGUACAGUGUAUAAAAAUAAUGUAAUAAUUUAUUUAUUUUAUUAUUAUAACAUAUAUUAUAAAUCAUUAUUACUUGUAGGUAUAUACUCGUAUAUAAUACGUCAUAUUGUAUUGUAUUGAUUAACAUCACGGUCUUACGCAUGCCUAUAUGUAUAUCAUAUGAUAUUUAAUCUAAAAUUAAAAUGGUAAUUGAUACACGGACCAGAAAGAUGUAUAUAUCUUAUUAUAUAAUACAAUACACAUAUUGCAUAUAUAAGAAAACCGCAUGAAAAUGUUUGUGCCAUAAAAAUAUUGAUAGUAUAUGUAUAAUAUAAUUUUAUAAUAUGUGUACAGCAGAGAUAUUUCAUUGGACGAGCUCUUAACACUAAACGGAUGUUUAUAAUUGACUAUAUUUUCUAAUCGCGUGUUCUAUACGAACAAAUAUUUAAUUUAUUAAGUUUUUUCGUUUUAUAUACGUAAGGACAUUGUUUUUUUUUCACUUCUAUAUUUGUAUGUAUAUAUAAAAAAUUGAAUAAUUUUUAAGACUAUUAUUUCGUAUUAUUGUUCCUUUUAAACAUGUCGAGGAAAACGAUGAUUAUAUAAACUUAAAGAGCAAAUAUUUAAAAAAAUAUA